UUUUUUUUCUUUCUCUUCAGGCAAAUGGAAAACAACGUGGCGUGUGGAGUGGGUAUGGAGGAAGAUGAGAUGGAUUUGCCACCCGGGUUUCGUUUCCACCCAACUGAUGAAGAGCUCAUUUCACACUAUCUCUACAACAAGGUUAUAGACAUCAACUUCUCUUGCAUAGCAAUCGGCGAUGUUGAUUUGAACAAGUCCGAGCCUUGGGAAUUACCUUGGAAAGCAAAGAUGGGGGAGAAAGAGUGGUAUUUCUUUUGCAUAAGGGACAGGAAGUACCCAACAGGGGUAAGAACCAACAGAGCAACUGAAGCUGGUUACUGGAAGGCAACUGGUAAGGACAAGGAGAUUUACAGAGGGAAAUGCCUCGUCGGAAUGAAGAAAACCCUUGUCUUCUACAAAGGCAGGGCCCCCAAAGGAGAGAAGACCAAUUGGGUUAUGCACGAGUACCGAUUGGACAGGAAAUUCCCUACCCACAACCUCCCCAAAAGGGCCAAGCAGAACGAGUGGGUGAUUUGCAGGGUGUUCCAGAAGACCUGUGGGGGGAAGGAAUCUCACAUCUCCGGAAUACUCCGAUUCAGCGAAAUGGGUCCUUCCUCUCUCUUGCCACCGUUGAUGGAGCCGCCAUCAGCUUACAGCAGUGAUCAGAAAACCAAGCCAGCCGGGGCCGAAUCUUCUUCGGCGUACGUGCCCUGCUUCUCCAAUCUCACAACCAGCAACAAGGACGGACCAAUUGUUGCCAACAACCAGAUACCGUCAAAUCCGAUUCCUCUCUACUCCGCAUAUUACAAUCCCCACUUCCCCCCAGAGAAUUUUCACUUCUCUUCCACCCUGAUGCAACAGGACGACAACUCGAUUCUUCAAGCUCUGUUGGAGAAACAAGGAGGCGCCCUGAAUAUGAAGCACAAUUCCAGAGCUGCUGAUGACGUGGAGAUGAUUAGCGUUUAUCGAGAGACGAUGAUGGCGAUAAGCGCGGAGAUGAACACUAAAAUUUCUUCUGCCAUGUCACAGGUAGCUCAUUUGGACUAUUUUUGGAACUACUGAUAUCGUAUAAAAUAAAUUGAGUCCUGGGCUUGGUGCAGUAGCUAGCCAGUUAGGCAGCCAGCCAGCCAGCCAGCCAGCCAGCCAACCAACCCCGUCCAUUCAGUCACACACCCAGCAAAUCGUCGCACUUCGGAAAGGGAGAACAUAAGUUUGAAUGUAGUAGUUCACAAUCAGUAUUUUAGUAUACAUUUUGUUGUUUUGUUCUUAUCAUUAUCCUCCUGCCUUGUCGUUUACCCGUGAUUACGAUUACUGCUAUCGUUAGACCCUGAGAAGAUUUACGUCAAGAAGAAGAGGGAAAAGGGUGGGGGAAAUGGAAAAAGAAUUUGUGUACCCGUGAUAUAUAUGUACUGUGAGGAGAUUUUAGUCCUUUUAUCAACAACUCUUGUUGCUUUUGUUAGUCAUUUGGCAAAUCUAUCAAAUCAAGUGUGAUUGAGAUAUCAGAUCUCUCAUCUUAUGUCAUUUGUAUAUGAGUCAUGUACGUCAUAUUAUUAUAUUAUAUCUCACGAUUG